UGUGCGUCGAAGUUCUGUGAGUCGUGAGUGAAGUUCAUUUGUGCGUUGCAUCUGAUCUCAACAAUCGCCAGCGAGUGAGCUUUGCGUUCGUCACUCAUAAUCUUCACUACCAGGAAUCAACGACACAUCAUAGAAGACUGCCAGUCAUACACUCUCACAAAAUGUCUGCACCAUCUUGGAACAUUGCUUUUGCCGCCGAUGAGGCUGGCGUUCAAUACAAGGACGCAAUCAUUGCCGAUUUCAAGAAGGACCCUCGCGUGAAGAACAUCGUCGAUGUCGGUGUGAACAGCUCCACUGACAAGACUGCCUACCCCAACGUUGCCAAGCUGGCUGCGCAAAAGGUCGCCUCUGGCGAGGUUGACCGCGCUCUGCUUGUUUGCGGCACUGGUCUCGGCGUCGCCAUCUCUGCCAACAAAGUAAAGGGUGUCCGCGCCGUUACUGCUCACGACCCCUUCUCUGUCGAGCGCUCUGUGCUCUCGAACAACGCUCAAGUCUUGUGUUUCGGUCAGCGCGUCGUUGGUCUCGAGCUCGCUCGCAACUUGGCCAAAGGCUGGCUCGGACACGUUUGGGACCCCAACUCUCCCAGCGCUGCCAAGGUGGAUGCCAUCUGCGCCAUUGAGGAGAACUAAGCUUGAAUGCGCUCCCAUCGCGCACCUUUGAAACCGCACAGCGGUGCAAUGCCAUAGCUCGAUCCAUCAGCGAAUCCCGAUGUGCACUUACACUCAAGCGUGUCUGUCGCCAUAGGGCAAUGUUCACCUCCCAUUGACGCGUUCAUCGGACGAGUACGACUUCAUUGCACACUGCGUCAGACACCGCACAGAGAGGCUUGAGCUGCACACGCGCACAUCGCGACAAUUUCACUCGAGUGCCAGUA